UGUUUCGGUAGGACAACUUUGAAGUAGAAAAACAAUGUGUAGUUGUGUACUAACUAAUUGGAAGUUUCAGCACUUUAACUAGCUGGAACGGGGUGCGGAAGAACACCUAAAACAAAGCGAGUCAAUCGCCCGGAGCUUGGGAAUCUUGUAUCACACAGGCAACGCUUCUGAGAAGCGAAACAUUUGUUGUUUACAUAUUGCAGUCAAUCGCUGGGUGGCACCUUAAUGCAAUGCAGGCAAAGAACCGGGUAAAUAUUUGAAGUGACUUCAAGCUGUGGAACAAGACAACAAUCAAAACGAAGUAAUAACAAACUCAAGAAGCCAUGGAUUUGUGGAAAAGUCACGUGCGAGCUCGACUGUUUCAAAGAGACUGUUCUCAAAAAGAUCCUUUCGCCGGUAUAUUCAACAAACUGUCCUGUUUUGCGGAGCGCCUUGAAUUACAAGAGGAAUUCUGGAAUGACAGCUGCAAAGAUGAUGACGGCCAAACAGAUGCAUGCGCCAGACGAGUGCAACUUCAGCUAAAAGAGAGCGAGCAUUUGAAAGAAAAGCUUUCCCAGACGGUGUCUGAUCUGACGACCGUCUUGUAUCUGAAAGAGGCUGAAAUCCUGUACUGGCAAUCACAAGUGUCUCGCUAUCGCAAAGAAGCUCUUACUCUGGCGAAACGUGCCAACGCCUUGCAGGCCAACCUGUCAGAUACCGAGUUCACGGUGGAAGUCCAGGCAAAAGAGCUGGCGGUGCUGCGGGUGGAGCAGAGGGAGCUGAGGGAGGCGCUGGGAGGAGCCUGGAGAGAGAAGGAGGAUCUGCUGGAGAGAUGGAUGGAGGAGAAGAGGGAGGAGGCAGAGAGGGUUAACAAGAAUAACGACGUGCAGGACAGGUGGCACCGUUUCAGCCGGAGACUGAACAGACAUCUCCACAGAGAGAUGGGCAAACACACCGUAGCUCCUGCUACUCAGCCUGGCGCCCGUGUAACCGAACCAUCAUCCGCCUCACCAAACUGUCCCGAUGUAGACAGAGACCACACAGCAGAGUCCACUGGAUCACCACUCUGGAGUCCCAGCUGAAGGGGCGGGGCCACCAGGGGUCAUAAAGAACUACAACUCAAAAGAACUGCAACUCAACAUGGCCGACUUCAUCUGCAUUGACCCUGCCCCUUACUGUGCUUAACACUUUCUUAUGGGCAAAUGUAUUUUAUUGAUUAACGAUUGUCAUGAAUAAAGUAAAGGAAUUAUUAGAUGUUUAAAUCUCGCUAAAGGAUCAUUUUAAAUCUCGCUAAAGGAUCCUAUUAUUUAUCUUGUAGCGUUACAAAAUAAACCUUUUUGACUAAAGAAGAUCACAGAAGAAGCAGAGUUAGGGUUAAGGAACAGGCCCCAUCAUUUCUUUUUAAAACAAAAACAUAAGCGUUUAGGUUUAUUUAGCCUUUAUUAAAAAAGAAAAUAAAAAUCUUGAAAUAAAAAAAUGCAACGGCAAACAAUACAUUUUCCUUUACCGAUUAUGAGAAUAAUCAUGGUCAUAAAGAUGAUACAGUAAUAAUUCAUAAAUGUCUUCGUUUAUAUCCCAUCAUGGUAAUAUAAUGCCGGUCGACAUGAUGGCAUUGCACAGCUCAGUGGUGGCACUUAUAUAUAUAUAUAUACUCAUAUAUUCACACUUAGCAUGGUUGCUUAUAAGUACCCCACAAAAUGCAC